AUGACCGCAGCGCCGCCUCUGUCUUCUCCGGCGAAGCCAAUGAAUUCACGCAGCCACUCAUCCAAGCCAUUGACGGAGUUGGAGUCUCACAGACAAUCCACCUCCAUACCAUCCUCUCCCACACUGCAAUCACAACGUUUUCGCCAGAUGAAUGGGGGAACAACAAGUAAACAGAUGGCAGGAUCGAGCACAUUUUUGGCGGAGUCUCCUCCGAUCGAUGAGAUCAAUGACAAUGACGAUAUCGAAGACCCCCACGACUUGUCCUUUUCCUCCAACCAUAUUCUCCGUGCAUCGAUGGUGGACAACUUGGUCAUGUCGUUGGAUCAAUUUUCGAGCGGGGGCUUCGACGAUGGGCACUAUACACCACGCGACAACGGCUAUGAUACAGGCACCAGAAUACGGAGAAGAGGACAUACCUUUUCUUCUUCGGUGUCUUCAGAGGGUGAUAUGCACGACAUGAGGCCUAUACCAUCACUUCCAGAGACCUUCUCCCGAGUGCCUAUGCGAAAUAGCGUGAGACAUCAGAAGAAUUUGCAGAGACUACCCAGCAUAUUUGGAGAGGAUGAAGAUUCCGUGCGUUCAAAAAUCUAUGACGCCCAACGCGCAGUUCAAUCAGGGCAGGCCAGAAGGAAGAAAAAUGCUUCUGGUGGCGGCAAAAGCACCAACAGCAGUGCAUCGUCGAGCAUUGACCUGGGUCAUCUUGCCAGUCUUUCGGGCCGGCUGGGAGGAGCAGGAAACAGACGAUCACGCAGUUUUGAUUUCGGCUCAAGACAACGAAGUGUACGCACCGCAAAACCGUCAACGGCCGCCGAUGGUGGCCCUACUCCGGUGAACUUUGCGGGAUCCGACGCUCAGAAUGGUACACCAGCCAGUUCAUCGGCUUCUCCGCCCGUUCGAAAAAAUAGCACUAAAUCCUCCAAGAGUGCAUAUGCCAAAAAAGGUCGCAUGACAGCAUUGGGAACCAACACGAUGAGAGCAAACAGCGAAUCUGUUCCGCAAUUACCUUCUAUGAAAAGUGUGCCCAGUCUCAAUAACACCGUGCACGAACCAAAGCCGGCUACGGGAUCGCCGCAUGAACCCGUUACCGCUCCUCGGCCAGGCUUCUUCCGCCGUGUCUUUGGAUCCUCAAAAAAUCCUGCGGUCAGUGCGGAUGCUCACUCCCACACCCCAAAUACCCUGACGAAACAACAACAACAUGGCCGAUCGACCCCGGUUCAGGACGAGACACCCUAUCCCACGACUCCCCCGGGUAAAACGCAGAAAGCCGUCAGGCGGACAUCCACAGAUAUUUCUGCGAAUAAGGAAAAUCAACCCGUGGUCACCAAAAAGUCAUCUGCAUUUUUCCGUCGACGCAAAAAGUCCAUUUCCAGCAGUAUUCCCCCACCUCUUCCAUUGACUCUGAGCUCUGAAUUGAAAUCGGAAGCUGAACCGGUGGGUGGAACAAGCCCCGUCAGUAGCCUCAGAGCCUUCAUGGACCCGUAUCUCGCUGGAAACCCUGUGCCUUCUGUCGGCCAUGUUCGAACCUCCUCUAUGCAAGGAUUUUAUACUCCAACUCUUUCUCCUCCUGCGUUCGGUCUGCCGAAAGAGCCUGGAAGCCGAUCCAAAGCUGCAGGCCACAAUCGAAACGACUCUCAUGGGAGCAGUAGGACUUUGAGAUCCCACACCAAACCAGUAUCAACACUUCGCAUCCCUCAUCAGGACUCGUUCCUGGCGGACAGCAGCAGUACGGAAGAGGUGGCGAAGCGAUCUCCGCUUGACGGUGGCCAUCAUUCGGAUAACGAACGACCUGAGUUGCGAAUGCGUCAUAGUGUAAAUGACUUGAAGCUGGAGGCUGCAACAUCAUCCGGUACAUUACCAAGUCCAUCAGCUGAUCCCAGAACUGCCACCACCCGGCAAGGAUCUUGGAAAUCAGAGAAGAUAUCGCCAUCUUCAUCCACGGCUGCAAAUCAGCUCUCUAGCGCCACGAGGUUGGAGCAGGGCAAUAAAUCCACCAUCCCCAACAAGCAGACCAAGACUCUCGAAGCUGCACCCAACGGAUCCAAGAGUUCGCCCUAUGCUUCCGCAUCUGAUGUCAGUGAGUACCGGUCGGCCCCGAGUACUCCUCUCGUCAUCGAGGGAUCCGAAAAUGAGAAGACCGGAGCGUUAUCAUUCCAUGCUCUUCGACCUAGUCACUCUCAGACACGUCCCCGAGAUGGGGACCAACGCAAAGCACAACAAAUCUUUGACAACACAGAUGACGAGGUUGAUUCUUCAAACGUGGGAGCUUGGCUGGGAGAAGCAGGUGUCGAACGAGAACGUGUGAGGAAAGCGUACAUGGAGCUCUUCGAUUGGUCAGAUCAGAACAUCCUCGAUUCUCUCAGAGGUCUUUGCGAUCGACUUGCCCUAAGAGGCGAAACUCAGCAAAUGGACCGAAUCAUGGAUGCCUUUGCACAGCGGUGGUGCGAAUGCAACCCGUCACACCCUUUCAAAUCAAGCGAUGUGGUCCAUACCAUUUGUUAUUCCAUUUUGCUCCUGAAUACAGAUCUCCACCUGGCCGACAUUGGACAGAAAAUGACCAAGAGCCAAUUCGUGCGAAAUACGCUCCCUACCAUCAGACGUGUGGCCCAGGGAACGGCGGCCGACAAGACUCUCCGGGGUCCUCCCACCAGUUUUCGUACCAACACAUUGUCGGCAGAUGAUCUCAGUAGCGUUUCUAAAGGGUCGAAAAGAUCGGUCGACAAGUCCGGCCAUGACGAUCAGCCAAAUUCCGAGUCGAACAACUAUAACGGCGAAUCAAUGGCCGACACGGGACUAGGGAAAGGCUGGGAAUCACACAUUGAAUCUGUCCUCAGAGCAUUUUACGCUUCAAUUUCCCAAGAACCGCUGCCUUUGUUUGGAGCUCAAAUGGAUACCAACUUCCAAUCCAGCCAGUCGGGCAAUUUCUUAUCCAUUGGAUCCAACAUGUUACGUCGGACUCCCAGCGUGCUCAGCAAAGCACAUUCCGAUACCAAUCGUGGUCGAUUCGCCGGUGAGAGCAAAUCUCUCGGGGCUCGAUUCAUGACGAAGGCGAGAUCUCGACCUCGUCUUCCCUCGGCACCGGGGUUUGGUUCUAGUAGGACCAGCAUUGAUGAGCAGUCAUCGACCUGGAGUCCGUCAAUGUCCAGCACGUGGAGCAAAGCAUCGCUCGGGAAGACACCGACAUCCAUGUCGGUCGACUCAUUCAAUACCGAGGCGACUCACGCCGACUACCAAUCCUCUAUUGGUUUCGCCAAUGCUCUGAGCCAAGCUAUCAUUCGUGAUGACCAACUGGAUCUGCCAAUUGAAGAUGGUCUCAAGGCGGGCGCACUUUUAGAGGACGAAUCCCUCGAGCUCUGUGGUGCACCUUGGGCAAAGGAGGGCAAUGUGAAACACAAAUGUCACCUUGAAGGUGUGGACAAGAGAUCCAAAGAUAGGAAUUGGAAUGACUGUUUCGCGGUGAUUGAAAAGGGAUGGAUGAGACUGUUCUCCUUCUCCAUGACGGCGAAGUCUCUCCGAAACAAAGCUCGAACUCCCAAAGCGGGAGCGGUGGUUGGAGGGGGCAACUGGCAAGAAAAUGCGGAAGAGGUAUGGAAGUUCAUGCUUCGACACACCAUUGCAAGCUCACUUCCUCCUCCUGGAUAUUCCAAAGCACGGCCAUAUGUCUGGGCUCUGAGCCUGCCGACAGGUGCUGUACACCUUUUCUCGGUCGGCACUCCUGAUAUUGUCAAGGAGUUCGUCUCCACGGCAAACUUCUGGAGCGCCAGGCUAUCAAAGGAACCCAUGAUGGGCGGUAUCAGCAACAUGGAAUACGGCUGGAGCGAUGCGGUCGUCAACCGAGCAUUGAUCGCAUCAGAAUCCCAGCCCGGACUGAAUGCCUCGAUCAGUCCACGUCCCAGUACGCAGAUGUCCAUGCGGAGCUCGAUGGACCACGUUGGCGGGGUUCGAGUGAAACUGCCUGGUGACAGGAUACACAUUGCCGAUUGGACACCGCCUCAACAAUCGAUGUUUGCAUCUCAGUUGAUGGAGGUCGACCAGCUCAAGGCAUUGCAAACAUAUGUGAGCAAUGUGGAAGAGGAGUUGCAAAAGCACAAUGAACUUCGAGGAUUAAUGCUGCUAGCCUUUUCCACCAAACAUCCCAAUUCGACCAAAGCCAUGAACAAUUGGGAGAAGAAGAGCAGUUACCUUCUCAGGGAAAUUGUGAAAUUCCGGACUUACAUCGACACUCUGCAGAAUGCCCAGACGACCAAGGAACGAAUCUACCGGAUGAGAAAGGAGGAAGACGAUGCAAAACGGGCUAAAAUCGACUCCAGGAUGUUGAAUCCUCCCAGUGGGAUGACGUAA